GUUCGUUUGAUCAUAUGACUAGAGUUCCCAUUCCUCAGUACCACCAGUUUCACGCCCGGUAGCAAUCGACGUUGUUGUCAUCUUGGCUGAGACAAUGGGGUCGUCAAAAGCAAGCUUGUGGGGCAUUGUUGUGGCGAUCAUCUUGGUCAUUGAUGCUGGGCUGUCGAAUCCCGUACAAGCCAAAGAGACUUGGGGCUAUGUGGAUGUCCGCGAGGGAGCCCACAUGUUCUGGUGGCUGUACUACGCUGACAGCCCUUCCGCAAGUUACACUGAACUCCCUCUUGUGAUGUGGCUGCAGGGCGGUCCAGGAGGUUCUGGCAGUGGCUUUGGAAACUUUGAGGAGAUUGGACCCCUUGACAGGGACCUGCAGCCCAGGAAAACCAGCUGGGUCCAAACCUCCAGUGUGCUGUUUGUGGAUAACCCGGUAGGGACCGGCUUCAGCUACACUGACCAGCCUGACUCGUACGCCACCGACGUGGCCACGGUCGCCUCAGACAUGCUGGUCCUGCUCAAGCAAUUCUUUGCCAAGAACAAAGACUUCCAGGCAAUUCCCUUCUACAUCUUCUCUGAGUCCUACGGAGGGAAAAUGGCUGCUGCCAUCUCGUUGGAAAUCACCAAGGCCAUCCAAAAAGGGACCUUGAAAUGUAAUUUUGCCGGCGUUGCCCUUGGGGACUCCUGGAUAUCUCCGCUGGAUUCUGUGAUGACCUGGGGGCCUUAUCUCUACACCACGUCCCUGCUGGAUGACUUCGGCCUGAAAGAGGUGACGGGUGCGGCGGAGGCGGUGAAGCAGGCGGUGGAGCAGGGCCGCUACCAGAAGGCCACAGAGCUGUGGUCGGUCACAGAGACGGUGGUGGAGCAGAACACAAAUGGAGUCAACUUCUACAACAUCCUCACCCAGGACCCUGAUGAGAAAAUGACCUCUGUUGCAGGAGAAGGAUUCAUCACCAUGCUGAUGCGCCGCCAUAUUCGCCCCCUCCACCGCCAAUCACUUGAUCAGCUGAUGAAUGGACCAAUCCGGAAGAAGCUGGGGAUCGUCCCUCAGAACGUCACCUGGGGAGGCCAGGCAGAGGAUGUGUUCAGCAGCAUGGCCGGAGACUUCAUGAGGCCCGUGGUGGACAUUGUUGACCAGCUCCUGGACGCUGGGGUGAACGUUACCGUCUACAACGGUCAACUGGACCUUAUUGUGGACACAAUGGGUCAGGAGGAAUGGGUGAAGAGGCUGAAGUGGGCGGGUCUACAAGGGUUCAACAAGCUGAAAUGGACGCCUUUGGAUGACCCUGAGUCCCCGGGGGUGACUGGAGCCUUCUGUAAGACCUACAAGAACUUCUCCUUCUACUGGAUCCUGAAGGCAGGACACAUGAUCCCAUCAGACCAGGGACCCAUGGCCUUACAGAUGCUGAAGAUGGUGACCCAGCAGGACUGAUCCUCUCUCACUCACUCACACACACACACACACACACACACACUGAUGCCAGCUGGAAUGGCUCUCCAUCAGUUUUUAGACAAUCAAGACAAAUCACCACCAACAGCAUUCUGUUCUAUACAGCAGACUGUAUUCACUAUACUGAUCAAUACCAAAUCUCAGAAGGUAGUUUCUUAAGAUGGAUGCCCAUGGACUUUCCUCAUAAGUGAUUGUUUUUUGUCAACUUAAAAAACAAUACACUUUUUUUUUUAAAUAAAUGGCUGUUUCAUACUAAAACCAAAAGACACAUCUAAAUAGUUAAACAAUAACACUGAAUAUUUCAUUUUUUUUAAUUAUUACAUCCAUUCAUGCAUUUUUGUGUUUGAAGUGCUGCAACUUGUCCCAGAGUUGAUGGGAAUACAAUCACAAGACUUUUUCUGAUCCUUGAAGUAAAGGGUAUAAACUCUGCUGUGUGAUAAGGCUAGUCAUUAUCAUGCAGUUUCCAUUAGGAACAUUUAUUAAAAAAAAAAAUUAUAUUCAU